UAACAUGUAGCGUCCGCAUAUAAGUAGAAACCAUGGCGGCGCUUGUGAAACACGGUGUUUUGAAAACAGGCCAAACUUUUUCAACUAGAAACGUAUUUCCGAUGUUUUAUGCGACAAAAGCCGAGAAAAAGAAGGGCAUAGACAGGAAAGUAGGACCUAAGAUAGACUCGUCGGCGGAAUCCUUGGCAGCUAAAGGGUUUUUACGUUCUCAAAAAGAAUACCAACCACCAGAAGAUCUUGAAAGUAAACUGGAAAAGAUAUUUCAAGGUGCUUUAGGCUCUUCAGACUUAAAAUACAAACUAAACGAUUUAAAUAAGCGUUUCACUGUAUUAAAUUCUUGUUUUCUCGAGUUUCAACACAGCAUUCCUAAUUCAAUGUUGCAUCAAAUCGAAACCUUAGAAGAUGUAGUCAAAUUUUAUAGUACACCGUUAAACAAAGUGACACCUUUGGACACUCUAAAGAAUAUUGAAUUACCAAAGAACCUUCAUGUUCAAUACGAAUAUCACAGAUUCCAUCCAGAGACCGACAAAAUGUUUAAAGGUUUGACUGCGUUUAAUCGAAGUUCGACGAUAGUUACUGGCUUGAAAUAUAAGGACAAGUACAAAGGGCAUGUGCAAAGGACAACGUGGCCAUACAAUUCGUGAAAAUUUUAUUAACAUACAACUGCUGUACGAAAAUACUUGUAGAACUAUAAAUAAUUAUUAAAGUUUCAUACACACACAUAUAUAAA